GUUUCCAAAUGUAGAUAUGUUAAAAAGUGCAAGAUUGUUUCAUGGGCAAAGAAAUGUGCCAAGUAUAAGAAGGUUAAAUAUUGUAAGGAGAGAAAAUCAGUUAAGAAGUGUUGUCUCAUUAAGAAGAAAUUCUUCUGUGCCAAGCAUAAGACCAUCAAGUUCUGUAAGCACAAGAAGACUAUUUCCAAAUGUGUCAAAUAUCAAAAGAAGAAGUAUUGUGCCAAGACAAUUAUUAUUCCUCCAAGAUGUAUCAAGAAGAAGUAUUAUAAGAAGUGUUUGAAACGUUCAAAGGGAAAGAAGAUUUGUAAGAAAUUCAAAUUGGUUGGUGGAAAGAAAAAGUGUUGCAAGUCAAUCAAGAAGAAGAUUUGUAUCAAGAGAAAGACAUGUAAGAAACCAUCAAAGCCAAUCGUUAAACCAUCCUUGUAAAUUAUUAGCGUUUGCUGAAGAAUAAAUCAAAAUACUAAUUCUUCUAAAAUCCGGGCAUAAAGUUCAUUCGCCCACCGUUCAAAUAAUGUUUUCGUUCAAUUCCAACAUUUGUACGAAUUGUUUUGGUUGUUCUGCGAAUAGGAAUUUUACAAUUUGUGGACAUGAAAUAGAAUAGACAAAUGAUAGAUCCGUAUUUGGUUCAAAUUUUUCAAUAUUCUUUGUAAUGAGUCUUUUGAAUAGUUCAGUAUAGCAUUGUUUCCACUCAUAUGAUCCAACAGUUAGUGAGCAGAGUUCAGAGCUUGCUACUGUUACCAAUUUUACCAUUAUAUCCCUCAUUGAACUUUCCCAAAUUUUCCUAUUUCUAGAUUCGAAUAGUUCUGUAAACUUUUCAAUAUACAUACAUGUGAGAUUGACCAUUUUCUUGGGGUCAUCAAUCAUGUUUUCUGCUGUAAGUGAUGCUUGAAUGAAAUAGCUUACAAUAGGACAUUUGGAAAGAUUCGAAUCAAUUGACUUGUCAUCUAAUAUUUCUCAUUGUUAUUCAUAACACAUUUCCAAAAUGUCCAAGUUCAUAUUUAAAAUAAAAGAUGUCAGAAUUGACUCUCUUAAGAAAAUUUGAUCUAUAAAAACUCUCCUAUCGGUCCCUUGUUCCAAUUGCUU